CAACCAUCCAGAUUGUAUUAUUGUGUAUAACUUAGUAUUUACGACAAUUUAAUAUAUUAAAUCCAACAUGACUGAAUCAAAUAUUAUGAGUAUUAGAGAAAUGAUUAAUACAGCAUUCGGGGAACAAGAGGUCAACAAAGUCAACUUUAAAUUAAUACAGACUAUCCUUUAUAUUCUCGCAAGACAAUUGAGAUUAUUAGAGAGACAAGUAGGGGUUAAUAUAGAACUUGGGUCUGCUAAGCCAUCAUCUAGUAUUUCUAUAACUGAAGUUAAACUCCAAGCUAAAGUUUCAAAACCAAAGAAAAGAAAAGGAUCUAAAUCGGCAAAAACUGAUGAAGCUGAUAAAAAUAUAAUGGUUGACGAAAAUGUUGAAGCGGAAAUAACAAAGGAUAAACCGAUAGGAACUGCAGCAGAAAGAAAAUCUACAAAGAAAACUGAAAUUAAAAGAGCUCAGAAAAGUAACGAAGCUUCCAUGAAGAGAAGAGAUGAAAUAACAAAAGAAGAGCGUAGAAAGGAGGACUUUGAAAAAUUUAUCGAAGAAAUGGAACAAUUGCGAGAGCUCGAACUUCGAGUUGUUCAUCAGAGAGCGAAUUCUAGAGAGCAAGCAGAAAAUUCACCAACACCAAUGGCGUCGCUGGACUCCUUCGAAUACACGCAGUAUGAAAAACUACUGGUGGUUGAUAGAGUAUCCAAAGAAGAGGCCAUUAAGAAAACUGCAGAAACUCAACGACUGCAGAUUGUGACGCAGGAACAAUUUGACCAACUAAAUAAUAAAGUCAAAGCGCUGGAAAAACAAUUGAGUGAAAAUAGCGCUGCCUUACCAGAAAACAUGCAACUUAUGAAAGAAUCGGAAAGAGCAGUAUCUACUGAUGACAAAAUUCCUGCGUUUUCAUUACUGUCGUCUCGGCUUAACGCCGCAGAAACAACGAUAACGAAACUCAUGAACAUCGUAACAGAUUUUGCAUCUAAGAAAGACUCAUUGGAGAACUAUGAUUCCAACACCAUAAAAAGUCAGUCAGGGCGAUUGGAGAGUAGAAGUAAACAAGAUACAACGUCUGGUACACAAAAACGCUGGACGACACAUAGUGAUAUUGAUGAAGCUCUAGAGGUAAUAGAAGAGGAUAUAAUGAAUCAAGUCAAAAAUAUAACCGAUAAAACAGUAUCCAAUGCAGAAAAUGCUUUAAGGGUUGCACGAAAUUUAGAAAAUGAACUAGAUUCUGCAUUGAACUUGGGCAGCCGUAUGGAAGAAUUAGAAAAUUUAGUUUCUGUAUAUGCAGAGCAGAUAAACACACUAGACACAAACUUAAGUUCUCAGAUGAGUAACUAUCAAGAACAGCUGACUCAAAUGCAACACGAUUUAGAAUGUGGAAUCGAGUCAAUGUUAGAAACUGCAGCAAAUAGUGCCAGUGAUCCUAUUGCUGUAGCAGAAUUGAACACAAAUUUUACAAAUCUACAAAAUGAAAUCGAUUUUACGCAUACCAAUCAAAAGAAACUUGAAGAAAAUCAAGAAUUAUUGUCGUUUGAACUAAAAGGUCUCUAUAAGCAGUUAGAGCUAUUAAGAGGAAUCAAGACAGACCGCGACGAAGUUAUUGAUGCACUUCGUGACAAAGUAGGUCUUGAAACUCUGAAUGGACUAGUCAAUGAAAAACAAUUUGAAGCUGUACGUCUAGAUCUUGAGAAACGAAUAAAAGCUGCAUACAAUAAAUUCGACAGUCAAGAGCUGCAGUGGCAGAGAGCAAUAGACGAUCUGCAAUGUAAGCUCGAUGAUAAAGCUGACAUAAAGGUACUUGAAGCACUACGAUCUGAUAUCGAUAAUAACUUGAAUACACUAAAGAAAAGAUUGGAUGAAAUUAAGGAAAUAGUCGGUGAACCAAGUGCCGCUGCUGUUUCUAAAGUUCUCUUACGCGAUACCGCUUGUAUUUCAUGCCUUACCCCGGCUAAUAUGGAUCCAACUGAGCCGAAUUUGUUACCUUCUUUACCGGCGUGUAAAACCCCUAAAAAUGUUGGAGACAAUACUCCAAAAGAAGAAGACAAACUUUGCUAUUCAGGAAAACCCAUUCCUCAUAAGAUUGAUCCCAGCGUCCGUGUUUGCCAUCGUUACUGUGGAGGAUCGCACACAGUGACUUCCAAUGCCCGCAGUAAACUCACUGCCACCGUCGGCGUACGUCGCGCUAAGAUUGGCUUCCAAGAAGUUGGUCAAGAUGGAAAAAUGUACAUAAAGCAGGAUCCAGACGUCGAAAAAGCACCCUGUGUCCCAUGUAAUGUUGCACUCAUGCAGUCCCAUGACCUGAAUUUAGCUGAGCCUGCCGAUGAAGAAUCUUUGUCCGAGAUGUCGCAUGAUUUUUUCAAGCAAUAUCAAAUGUACGAUGCUGCACGUCAAGAUAAUGGAUCCCUUACCCCACCAUACUUCGUCGAAGACUAAAUAAAUAUCA